CAUAGGCCGUGCUCUGGAGGGCGUGGCUACGUCUGGGGGAGGGGCUUCUUGGAGGGCGUGGCCAGCCCUGGAGUGAGAUUCCGGAGGAGAGGGGCAGUCCUGAGGGUGCAUGGGCGGGGCUCUCAGAGGGCGUGGCUAGCCCUCAGGGUGUGGCUUCAGGAGGGCGUGGCCAGCCCUGGGCACAAGGUGGGGAGCAGGACCGGAGCGGAGGUCGCCUCUUCUCCAGGUGCCCUCGGUGGAGGGGGAUUCCCCGGUGCUGUGGGUGAAGCAGCUGGCAGGGUGACGGAUGCCACUGAGUUGAGUUCUCAGAUCUGUGCUAAACUUGGGGGCACCUUGAGCCCCAUGAUGGGGCAGGAGUACGCAGGCGCAGGUGGGCCCUGCGGGUGAGGAGCCGUCAGUGGGGGCUGGAGGGGUGGCCAGGCUGGCUUGGGCCUGAGCCCAGCUCUCUGCGGAAUCGCACCCGGGCACAGCAGCAGGCGAGCAUGAACCCCAGCGGCCUUGGUCCUCAGCAGCAGAUCCUGCGUGCACCCCAGCCCAGGGCGUGGCACCCGCAGCCCCCUGAGCCGCCUGCUUUCUGGAGCCGUCCACCCACGGCAGCGAGAAGGGCCUCUGGCCAGCUCGAGUCCAGCUCCGGGUGUCCGUUUGGGAGCUUAAGAGCUGGGUGCUGGGCAUGGGGGCACCCCGAGGGCCAGGCCCUUGCCCAGAGCACCUGCUGUGUCUCCCCAGGUGGGCGAAGCUGGUGCAGAGUGGAGGCUUGCGGGGAACCCCCAGUCCCGAUGCCAGGCCUCUCGCCAGGCAGGGAGCUCUACAUCUGCCCUGGGGACCCCACCCCGGGUCGGAGUCACGUGAUCUCGCCCCACCCCUGCAGGAAGUGGCAGCCCAGCACCAGUCACUCCCACACACACUCGCAAAGCCCCAGGCAGCCUGCAAGGGGGACACAGGCCCUCACAUGCCCCGUGCGACAGGCACCGCAGCGCCAGGCCUGUGGCCAGUGUCCUGCAGCCUUCAGCUGGCCAGAGGGGCAGUGGGGGGUGGGUCCCAGGCCUCCUGCCACUCCACCUGCUAUGCCCGCCCUGCUGUUUCUUCCCUGCGCUGCCUUGCUGACCCUUUACUCCUGCCUGCUGCCUCGGUUUCCCUGGCUCUUUGUGUAAAAACACAAAAAAGAAGAGGGGGCCCGGCGGGGCUCUAUCUUUCCCGCUGCCCGCGUUCGGUAGUCUUCAGCCGCUUCCCCCACCCCAGGGAAAUUGAUGGUGAUGAUGAGGCAGGCGAAGGAAGGAAGAAGUCCAGACUGGUUGCUCGAUCAGUUUAUUUCCUUCUCUCUCUCUGCUUCUCUCCUGGUUCUCGAUCUCUCUCUGGAUCUUCCUCUAAUUCCCUUUCUGCCCCGCUUGCUCUCACUUCUUUCACCUUGUGCUCUGCUUAUGUGUGUGCCACUGUGCUCUCUGCGUCUGUCUCUCUGCGCCUGUCUCUCUGCACCUGUCUCUGUCUCUCUGCCUCUGCCUCUGCCUUCUUUUGUCUCCUUCUUCCUCUGUCUCCCUUGUCUUCUUUCUCCUAUCCCCAUCUCUUCUAUCUCUGCUCAGUGCCCCACAGUCUUAGUUUAUAUAGCAAACUACAUAGGGUGGUGACACAAAAGUGGGUUUAACAUCAAUGAAUCAACAAAGAAGGCUAAGACCAUAUCUUGAGGAGAUUAACAAAAUCUCAUCUAAGGAAAUCUCAUCUAAGGAGAUCCACUCAAGGGUGGGGGUCCAAACAAGGGUGUGUCAGGAUGUGAGGUAGUAAUCUACUUAAAUAGUUAUAGUAAAUCUACUUCUAAUAUUUCUAGCAAUGUCAUUCUGUAUGAGCACAGUAAGUGAUAUAAAGUUUGGUUUUUCCUGAGGGCAUCUCCAGACCACAGUCCUCAGGCCAGGUUAAUCUUCCUAACCCCAGCAGGAUCCUAAUCUUAUCGUUACUUUUGGAUCAUGACAGCAUUGUCCAUGAUCAUGCUCUCAACUUAUAGUUGAGUAUUGUGGCACUUUGGCCUGGCCUAUCUCGAUGCCAGGGUAGCACAUAACUCACCGCUUGCCCUGGAUCCAUCCUGUCCCUCGUGGGGAUCCUGCUUUUGGGGCUCUGAGCAGGUGUUUGCACUGUGCUCC